AUGGGUCACACAUCAAAGAAAAUGGGAGAAAAGUAUAACAAGGACGAAGAUUCUCCCUUGAAUGUAUACAAGGCCACAAACAAAGAGACAAGAAUUGACAAUCGACUUAUCCAGGCUCAGUCACCAUUCCCAAAGCCAAAUCAUCAGGAAAUGAGGAAGAUCAUAGAUGAUGCUAUCGUCGCCCAUGCAGAUGAUAUUCAACGAACUACUUCUCGUGACAUCUCAUUCUUCCUCGGUGAGACCCCUGGUAGGGACUGCGACGGCUAUCAUGAAUAUCACCAAGUUCGCGGAACCUAUCGCCGCACUGCACUCAUGGAAAUGUACUACGAGGGGGCCGCAGAGGAGGCAGGUUCAUCAGAUGACAGGCCCUCAUCGAAGCGACAAAGAUUCGACGAUGGCAUUGCUCUAUUGCCAACUAUCUCGUCUAAUCAAGAUCGUCAACCUAGUCAUCAAUCAUCGAAUGUUCUACCCCCAAGUCGCAUUCAGGCAUAA